GAGCUUCCGGGUGAGAAGUUUAAACAGAGAAGAGAGAUUGACCAGACUUGCAAGGGUACCUUCUGGUCACCUGGCACUGGCAUCAGACUUAAGGGUCCUGUGUAAAUCACGCCAUUUACCGAGGAUGGAUGAGGACAUAAAUUGUAUGACUGAGAGAAUUAUAAUAAACCUUACCCUUGAGAUCAUCUAUAUCCUGACCGGAGAGGAUUACACAGUAGUGAAGAAGACUGGUAUGGAGUGUGUGACACCCAGCAGCACUCGCAGCAUGUUAGUAGGCUGGAGACGAGCUCAGAGCUCCUUUACUGUGCCUUCACCUCACUCGUUACUUGAGAGAAACAAGAAUGUGAAGAUCCUAGAACUUACCAAUAAGAUCAAUCAGCUGCUGACUGGAGAGGUUUCUAUAAGGUGUCAGGAUGUCACAGUCUAUUUCUCUAUGGAGGAGUGGGAGUAUUUAAAAGAACAUACGGAUCUGUACAAAGACGUCAUACAGAUUAAUCACCAGCCCCACACAGGUCCAGAUGGAUCCAGUGAUAUUACUAGCCUAGGAGGAUGCUUCAGUUCUCCUUAUACCGAGGGUUGUCCAACAGAAAGUCCCUGUACCAUGCCAGAUCGUCAGGGGAAAGAUUUGAUUAAUAUUAAAAUUGAAGUAAUAGACGAUGAAGAAGAAACCUAUAUGAGGAGUGAUCAGCAGUGUAAGGAGGAGAACACUAAUGCUUAUAUCUGUCCAGGUAAACAGAGCAGAAGAAAUAUAGUAAAUGGACAUUUAAAUUUUUCUUCGGAUUGUGAAACAGAAGUUAAUAUCUCUUCUCAAGUUCCACCAGGAGAAAGCUCCACUACCCCAAAUCUACCCCCAGUUGUCCAUAGCACAUGUCUAUUUUGUGAUUCCUCUAAUCACGAAGAACAGUCUCUUGAUACGUUGCCUAUUGAUACACAAAGUGCAGAUCAUACAGAAAGCAAAAUUUAUCCGUGUUAUGACUGUAGAAAAAAGACAAACCUUAUAGCACAGCAGAGAAUUCUCGUAGGGGAGAAGCCAUUUUCAUGUUCAGAGUGCGGGAAAUGUUUUACGUCGAAAGCUAAUCUUCUUCAACAUUGGAGAAUUCAUACAGGAGAGAAGCCAUUUAGAUGUGCUGAGUGUGGGAAAUGUUUUACCUGGAAAUCAAGCCUUCUGGACCAUCAGAGAGUUCACACUGAUGACCCACAAUUUCGAUGUUCUGAGUGUCCAAAAAGCUUUGUGCAUAAAUUGUCUCUUGUUAAGCACAAGAGAAUCCAUACUGGAGAGAGGCCAUUUUCCUGCUCUGAAUGUGGGAAAUGUUUUUCACAGAAAUCUGAUUUUAUUAAACACCAGAGAAUCCACACAGGGGAAAGGCCAUUUUCAUGCUCUGAGUGUGGGAAAUGCUUUACACAGAAGCCACAUCUUGUGCGGCAUGAAAUGAUUCACAAACAUUAACAGGACAUUUAUUAGGACUUUUUAUAGUUUUAACAUUUUUAUUUUUUGUAAAUAUCAGGAAAACAACUCACAAAUCACUAGAUCUAAAUUAUUUGUCCAUGCUGGAUACAGACUCAGACUUACAAAGACCGACUCAAUGAAUCAGAACCUUGUGUGAGUUGUAAGCUAUUCAGUCCUUUGUUCUGUCUGCCUAGGGUUUUAUUAUAGGCCUCAAGUGUACAGCCAUAUUCAUACAAGCUUGGAGUUAUAAUAUGGCAACCAGGAAGGUAUAUGAAGUGUUACUGUGCCUCCAAUUUCAUACAAAAUUCUACAGAAAGAAAAAUUGUGGCACGCUAAUUCAGAUACUGUAUUAUAUAUAGUCUUAUUCAUCCUAGAAGCAUUGGUUCCCAGAGAGAUUAUCUCCAUAAUAUGGUGUCAUACAGCGGCACUACAGCAGUAUGGUAUGGAACUGCAAGGAUAUACAAGCUCCAUGCAUACUCUCUGCUGUGUCUAUAGGCCUUAAUCAUAUUUUAAGACAUGAAAUGCUCUUGGUAUAAUAUCCUUUUAAUUUAUAUAUUUCAACAUUGUUUGUGUUUGGUCUUGUUGUGACACUGCAAGUAAAACUAUACCUUUUGAGUUGGGUAAACAAAUUUUGGAUAGAGGUUGUAUU